GAACCCCUCCAGGCUGCCUAGUGCCCGGGGGUCCUUCCCAUGCCCAGGGAGCCAUGUGGAUCGUGGUGAGCUUGCUCUGCUGCCUGGGGCUCGGGGGGCUGCCGCGGGCGGGAGCCUCCUGCCCAUCGCAGUGCAGCUGCAUCUUCCACAGCCUCAGCGAGGGGACGAAAGCCAGGACAGUGCUGUGUAAUGACCCCGAGAUGACCCUGACUCCUGUGAACAUCCCUGUGGAUACCUCCAAGCUUCGGAUAGAGAAGACGGCCAUCCGCAGGGUGCCCGGGGAGGCUUUCCACGCGCUCCACAACCUGGAGUACCUCUGGAUGCCCUACAACUCCCUGGCCAGCCUCAGCAGGAUCACCUUCAAGGGCCUUCGUCGCCUGCAGGAGCUGAGGCUGGAUGGGAACGACUUGAUUUCAUUCCCCUGGGAAACCCUGACUGACAUGCCACAACUGAGGCUUCUGGAUUUACACAACAACGAACUCACCUCGGUCCCUCCAGACGCUGCUCGUUAUGUCAAGAAUAUCACAUACUUGGACCUGUCUAGUAACAAGCUGAUGACCCUUCCUCAGGCUCUUAUUACCACCUGGGCCAACCUCCAGGCUGUCCCUUACUUCCCCAGCGAUAACUCCAAGAUCAUCCUAGGUAAGAGAAGUCCCUGUCAGUUUGCAGGAGACACAAAAGUCAAGAGCACCACGUCUUAUUGUGGCAUUUUGAUCCACUGCAGUUACUGCAGCAAGUACACUGUUGUGUUUAAUUCUCUCUAUAAAGUGUGCAAAUUCAUUUACUUAUUAACAAACUCACCUUGGGCUCUCCACACCCAGAUAAUUACUCCGUAA